AUGCUUGCUCGCUUACAUCAACAACUUGUCAAGAAUGAUGAACUGAGAAAGGAACUGGAUAAUGUCCAGAUUGAGCGCUCCAUCUUUGAGCAGAUACACUUAAAACUGGAGAAGGAGCGUCAGGAGAUUCGGAAGAAGAUCUCUCAUGGAAUACAUGCCUCUACUGCUGCUUAUGAAGAGAGGGUGGACGCACAAUGUAAUCUGGUGGUCCUGAGAGAGCAAAACCGGAAGAAACAAGCCCAACACGACAUUGAAAUUGAAAACUUUAAGCGUUCAAUUGACCAUGACAAAAGGCUAAAGGAUUUCAUGUGUAUAAAAUUUGACACCCAGCGGGUGCUUGCAAUGGACGUUUUUGAAGCAGGAAGGGAUGAACCUGAGAGUUGCAAUGGACAGACAUAUGAGGAGGCCUUCCACAAGAUUCAUGAAAUUACUGAAGAGAGUGAUCCAGAUGUUCUGGUCAGGAGAUUUAUGGAAGCUGAUGAUAGGAAGAUUGCACUCUUUAGCUAUGCGCUCGAGCAAACCAGGGAGAUCGGUAGGGUACAGGAGGAUUUGGAAGAGACAAAGGAAAAAAUUACACUGUCCCUCAAUGAAUGCCUUCAUCAUGAGGAAGAUCAUCAGGCCUUAGUGACCAAGAUGAAGACAGAGCUGGCUGAAAUACAACAGGAGACAGAUGGCUACCGACAGAAGGCCAAAGACAUGAAAGUGAUGCAGACACAGCUGCACAAAGGAAUCGACUCAAUGGUGACCAUAAUAGGGUGUGACCGUUCAGGAAUUGAGAACAGGCUGGGGAAUUCUGCUGGAGUCCAAAGUUACAACAUGAUGUCAUACCUUAGGCUUAUGGAGCAAAGAAUCAGUGAGCUGUUGCGCAUACGGUCCUACAUGCGCUUGAAGGAGUCUGAAAAGCAAUACAGCCAACGAGACAGCAGCAGUACACUGAGGAAUCAGAUUCCGAAAACUCCACAGCUUCUAAUACCUCCCAGCUUUAGCAUUGUCAUCCAGAUUCCAUCUACAGUGGAAGAUGCUGACACAGAGGAUCGAGAUCGACUGCUCACCGAUGAGGAAGUGUGGCCUUUAUCAGAAGAAGAGCUACGGGAACGUAUCCUCAGUAUGAUUUUAAGAAGAGAGGAGAGAACCUCAGGAAUGAAUAAGGCUGACGUGGCCAACCAGCCAAAGAAGCAUGAUCCAGGGAAUGUGUGA